CCGGCCCCAAACCCUACACCACUCCAACCUCCGCCGCCGCCCUCGUCGGCCCCCGUGCCCUCUCCACCCUCCUCCUCUGCCGUCCCUUCUGCCUCCCAAACUACUAGCCAAGACCCUCCGAGCGUCCCCCAACCCCAAAUCCAAACCCCGCCCCAAACCCUGCACCAGCUCCCUCAGAGGCCGCCUCUUUCCCCAAUGCGCCCCCAGUUGCUCCCCCACUUCGCCCACCACUUCCCUUCCGCUUCUCUCUCCUCCUCCUCCUCUUCCGCCCCUUCUAAUACUAUUACUGCUACUACUGCUGCUGCUGCUACUAUUAGUGCUGCUGCUUCUUCCCCGUCGUCGCCGUCAUCAUCUUCUUCUGCUUCAGUGCCCUCGCCAUCGCCGACCCCUUCGACGGUUCCAAGAGGCAGCCUCGCCACCGGGGUUCCAGCGCACCUCCCGCGGUCUCAGCAGCCUCCCAUGGCCUUCUCCUCCUUCGGCCCCUCGCCAUCCUUCAACCAGCCGUUUGGCUCCCUGAAUCGCGGGCCUGAGCAAUCGCCUACCUCCAAUGCUCAGGUCAGACAAUCUACUCCAGGUAUUCAAAAUAUUGGUAUGAUUGGUUCUCUUAGCUCUGCUGCUCCAAUGAGACCGACUGCUGUUUCUGGUCCCCAGCAACAGAGACUUAUUCAAGCCCCAAUAAGAUCAACAUCUCCGUCUGCUAGUCAAGCGUUAGCUUCACAAAAAUUCCCUAGUCAUGGUAUAUCAAAAGCCCCCUCAUUGCCUUCUCCUAUUUCUGCAUCAGCUUUUCCACAAAGCCAACAUAUGCAGCAGCCGUUGGUAUCAAGCCAGGGAAAGCUAAUGCAUGCACCCUCCGUGCCUUCUUCUUCUUCUUCUGCUUCUUCACUUAGGCCCCAACCAAGGCCACAAGUUCUACAACCGAGACCGUACCAUCUCCUACAAUCACCUUCAACAACUCCACAACAACAGAGCUUAUCAUCUUCUCAACAGCAGCAGAUCCAGCAACAGCAGCUCCAACAAAAGCAGCAAUUGCUGCAACAGCCGCAACAGCUAACAUCUGCAGGGUCACAGUUGUCACAAGAGCAUCAACAGUACCUAGCUCUUAGGAACCAGCAAGCCCUAACUCUACAACAGGCUGCGAGAAAUGUUGGAUCAACAGCCCAUAAAUCUAGUGCUCCUCUGGCGCAAGCUGGGGUUGUGCAGUCUGGGGCAGUCACUCCUGUUAGUACAGAUGAUGUAGAAUCUGAUAAUCACAUUCUUAGCAAGAGAAGCAUCCGUGAAUUGGUUUCUCAGAUUGAUCCGUCGGAGAAGUUAGAUGCUGAAGUCGAAGAUGUUCUUAUUGAGAUUGCUGAAGAUUUUAUUGAAUCUACUACAAUGUUUGCUUGCUCCUUGGCAAAGCAUCGAAAGUCAAACAUGUUAGAAGUAAAAGAUAUACUACUAUAUGUUGAGAGAAACUGGAAUAUGACACUACCUGGUUUUGGUGGAGAUGAAAUCAAAUGCUACAAGAAGCAGAUCACAAAUGAUUUUCACAAGGAGAGGCUUGCUGUGAUUAAAAAGUCAAUGGCCAUGACGGGUGAUUCUAGCAAUGCCAAAAAUUCCUCUGCUAUGCAAGCUUCAGCUAAUCAGAAGGCGCAUUCACUGAAGGCUCCUCCGAUUGGUUCGCCGAAUCCAUGAUGAUAAUAUGCAUAUUAAAGCCAAGCUACCCACACAAGAGCUUCUACACCACUUAUUGUGGUUAAUUAAGAGCACUCCCGGCCUCUUGUUAAUCAAGUUUGUGGUGAAUCAGUGGAUUCGAAAGGGUUAAUCUGAUGAUGGUGCGCACAAUGUGUUAUCAUCCAACCGUUGUGAAAGGGAAAGAUCUUAUUUAUCAGUGCAUUAGUGCAUGUGGAAGGAAAUAUGAAGAGUGAAAACUAGCAGCUUUUUAAUUGGUUUUUGAAUGAUGGGAAUGGUAUCACGGUUAUAUGGUUUUGUUGGUUUUGCUGUUUGAUCUUAGUUUCAGUUUAAAAUGGUUCUUCAGAUUUUAGGGGAUUUUCAAGUGGAUUUAUUUUGCCCUUUUUAAAUGCAUUUCUCUGCCGAGGGCUGUAAAUUUUAUUAUAUUAUAUUUUGUUUGUUUAUCUUUUCGGUGAAUGUUGAAGUUAAUUGGGUGGGUGGGGGAAAAGUAGAACUGCUGGCUGGAUUAUAGGAUAGUUAUCUAUAUACAGUGAAUGCAUGUGUGUUCCAAACUCUGGAUGGUUUUUCCAA